AUGAGAACAUUGUCGCUUUCUUUGAAUCAGCUAUCAGGUAGCCUCCUAGCAAACAUAGGCCUUGGGCUUCCAAACCUACAACACCUUCAUAUAGCAAGCACUGACCUCAGCGGAGUAAUCCCUAACCUCUCCAAUUCUUCUAUGCUCACGGAGCUAGACUUGGGCCAAAACUCAUUUACAGGGUUUAUUCCAACCACGCUAUGUGCCUUAACAAACCUUAAGCGGCUUAGGUUAUCAAUGAAUAAUUUGACGAUUGAUACUUCCACUCCAGAAGCAACCACUCUCUCUUGUUUGGCUAAUCUUAGAAGUUUGACAACACUAAACUUGGAUGCUAAUCCGUUAAAUGCCACACUUGAUGAUUCCUUUUCGAAUUUCUCUACAUCGACGCUUCAACAUAUUGGUUUAAGAAACUGCAGCAUGAGGGGUAACAUUCCCAUUGGUAUUGGCAACAUUAGCAGCUUGGUAAUCUUAGACCUCGGAAACAAUCAAUUGAGUGGAUCAAUUCCAACUUCAUUAGGAAGACUUGGAAAUCUCCAAGCUCUCUGGUUCUAUACCUUCAUGCUUGGGUAA